GUGAAACGAAGAACGACCGGUGGUUAAACAUGGAGAAACGGAGAUAUUUGCUGCUUCUAUUCCUGCAACAGAUAUUUUGUGCAGGUGAAGCUCUGGAUCUGAAUGUCCCAUCCAGUUAUCGAGCUAGAAUGGGAUCAGACGUCAGGAUUCCAUGCACGUUCUCUGUGGAUAAACCUCCGGUGGAUACCAAGUCUCUCGCAUUGUACUGGAAAUUUCAGGAAAUGGAAGUUCUAAGCUAUAUAGUCAAAGUGAAGCCAUCCCACUCCAGGGUAUCCAUAAAUACAGAGCGAAUUAAAGAUGGCGACGUCUCUCUUUAUAUUUCCAACACGACAAUAUCCGACAGUGGCAUUUAUACGUGUUCAGUUAUUUACAAUGCAGAACAUAAAAGUAAGGAGGUCCGAUUAGACAUUCAAGCUCUUCCGGAGAUCACUAUCACUAGGAGAAUUGUUGUUAUAAAUAAAGAGAGUGUUCUAAGAAGUUCCAUCACCGUAUUCUACCCUGUGGACAUCGAUGUUAAAUGGUUGAGGGAUGGGAGGAUCCUAAAUAAUUACACAGUAUCCACACCCCAGAGGAACAUAGAUGGUACAUACAGUGUGAACAGCACAGUAACCAUAAUACCCACUGAGGAGGACAAAACCAAGAUCUUCUCCUGCAGGGUCCAACACGAAUCUCUCUCUGGACCUCUCCAAAAAGACUUCCAGUUGAUUCCUGGAGCUGUCCCUACCAUUGACGUCACCUCCAGUACACUUUAUCUGAAUAAGAAGCAGGAUUUAAUUUGUCAAGCAUGGAGAUUUUACCCAGAGUCCAUCAGUGUGAGUUGGUUUCUGAACGGUACCCUAGUGGAAAAUACAAAGACUCAGAGAAUUAAUAGCUCGGCGGUGCAGUCUGUCUACCAGUUCAUCCCAACUACGGAGAACUGGGGCUUGAAGAUCUCCUGUCAGGUGGAACACGAGACUCUUUCUGGUCCUCUCAUUAGGAACCUGCAGUUGGAAUGGAAAGAUAUCACAGUUAAGCACAAAGCAAUCAUUCUAAUAUGUGCAUUCGUGACAGCAACGCUGGCGUUUGUUAUUAUUUAUGGCAUCUUCUUCAUUAAACAAAAAAAGAAAAUGCUGCCAAAGGUGCGGGAAAUCACUCGUUGUACAGACGGUACAUUCAGUCUAGAUGUCGACCAUUUCUACCCUAAAGAGAUCUCGGUUUCCUGGGACCUCAUCCAGCCGCCAUCCAGUGCGGAGAAACGAAGUCUGGAAUCUACGGUUAUUAUGAGUGAGAACCAGGAUGGGACCUUCAAUGCCACCAGCACCUGUGAAAACCUGCGGGGGAAAGUAAAUGUGACCCAACCAUAUAGUAUACAGGCUGCGGUAACACAUAAACAAAUUAAACAAACACUUUAUAAGGAAUGGACAUCUAAUGAGCUAAACCAGCAAGAAGGAUAUAAACUUAAACCUACAUUAAACCAGCCAUUAAUGCUGUCUCUAUGUGACUCUGGCGAGGUUCGCUGCUCUCUGAAUCUGGAGAACUUUUACCCCAAAGAUAUUGAGAUUUCUUGGAGAUGCAGAGUUGGCCAAACUCAUAAAGAAAUGCAGUCAGAAGAAAACUAUCAGGACAAUCCAGAUCAAUCGUUUAAUGUAGAAAGUGUGUGUAAAAUGCCUGGAGAUCUCCUGAAUGACCCAGCGUUUACAGUGAGUGUCAGAUGGAAACAUGAAACCAUGGGAGAUUGGGAAUCCAAAGACAUGACUCUCCGAGAUCCAGGUUUCCCAUGGCGCCCCAAUCUUAUAGUAAUGUCCCCCCUGCUUGUGCUGCCUGACCAGGAGACCACCCUGAAAUGUACAGUAUCGGGGUAUUUCCCCAACGCUCUCACCGUGACAUGGUUUAUGAAAAAUGUGAGACACGAGAAGAUUCAAGUGUCUAAUAGCUCUAAGUACAGAAUCCAGGAUAUUGCUCCACACAGAAUGGAUGAUUAUUCCUAUACCUGCACAUCUACUUUAUGUUAUACCCCAUCACUGAAAUCAGAGGAGCUGGAAUUUAUCUGCAGAGUGGACCAUCCCAGCCUAGAGAGUCCUAUAGAACGGAGCACGGGCCCAGCUCAGAUGAAAGUGUCGCCAACGUUAACGCAGCCGAUAAAGUUAUCACUCCGUGACUCCGGUGAGGUGCAGUGCUCUCUGUAUGUGAACAGGUUUUACCCUAAAAAUAUCAGCAUUACAUGGACCUCUGGGAAGGAUUAUUUAAGCAAGAUAAAUUCCACCCAAAAAAUAAUUCAAACUAAUGAUGCGAAGACGUACGAUGCUUCAAGCGAAUGCAAGAUUCACUGGGAUAACUCCAUGUUUCCAUUGCGUGUAACCUGGCAACAUGAAUCCAUGAAUGAACCGGAAUAUAGAGAACUGAAAAUAACAGAUAUUCCGUGGCGCCCGAUAGUUGGCGAGAUCGACGUCCCAUCUCUAUUGGUGGGAUCUGAAUCCAAACUGCAAUGUAAAAUCUCCAGCUACUUCCCUGAUAAUCUCACUGUGACAUGGAUUAAGGAAUUAAAUGGAAGCCGGGAAUCCAUUCCAGUGGGUCCCAGAGCAAAGUACUGGAUCCCAGAUCUCAGACAUGAGAGACAGCCGGAUAAUACGUACAGCUGUACAGCAUGUCUGGGUAUCACUCCAUCACUGAACUCAGAUCAAGGAGCACAAUUCAUCUGCAUAGUGGACCAUCCCAGCCUGGAGAAACCAAUAGAGACACGGACUGAAUCACUACUAGUGAAGGCCAGACCAGUUUUGGCAGAACCUAUAAAACUCACCCCCUGUGACUCCAGAGAGGUGCUGUGUUCACUGAAACUGACCAGAUUUUACCCAGAAAAGAUCAGUGUUAUGUGGGUUACAGAAAAACAUUAUAAAAACUCAAUAUCUCCCAAAGAAACACUUGACACUCAAGAUGACGGUUCGCACAGUGUUAUAAGUGAAUGUAAAAUUCCUUGGCAUCACUUCAAACGCCCAGUGACUGUGACCUGGGAACAUGUAUCACUGGCUGAGCCUGAAUACCGAGAGCUGAAUAUAACAGAUUUCUCGUGGAAUCCUGAGGUUACAGAAAUAUCUGUCCCUGAUCUCACAUUGGAUAAAGAAGUCACGCUGCAUUGUGACAUCUCCAAAUAUUUCCCCUCUGAUCUGACUGUCACUUGGCUCCAGAAACAGAAAGGACACACAGAGUAUGUUACUUUAAGUGACAAUAAUAUGUACAAAACAACCAUCACACAGGAUAAAUUCCAUGAUCACACAUACAGCUGUACAGCCAGCCUGCAGUUUGUACCAUCACUGGAGAUACACCAAGAGGUGAAGUUUAAAUGCAGAGUGGAACAUCCCAGCCUGAAGAAGCCAAUAGAGAAAAACACCCCUCGUCUACAGAUAAUGGUGCCACCGGAGUCCAUGGAACGUGUGGAUUUAACGCUCUGUGACUUGGAGAUGGUGACAUGCUCCCUGCACCUGACUGGGUUCUAUCCCCCAAAAAUUGAUAUUACAUGGACAACUGGAGAGGGAACGUACAACAAGAAUACAAUACAAUCUUGCAAGAAAAUUAUCAAAAUGGAUGACAAGAAUACGUAUGACGCUGUAAGUGAAUGCAAAGUUAACUGGUCAACCUUCAAUCAACAACUCUGUGUGACCUGGAAACACGACAGCAUGGAAAACCCUCUGUGUAAAGAGCUGGCAAUAAGAGUCCAGGACCGAACACCCUCUGACCUACCCACCAAGUACCCACAGCUCCAAGCUGGAGAGCAACAAAGAGGCCGGGAGUACCAGACCUCCACUCAACAGCUGGCGAUAUACAGAACAGAGCCAGACAUCAGAGUUCAACAGGUCCAGUGCUUGGUUGUGGGUGGGUUGCCCGACUAA